AUGCACUCGAGCAGUGUGCUAAUAGCACAAGCUGCGCUAGUCGUUGAUGAUGUUCCACAACGAGAAACCACAAGAACGGCUCAAGUCCAGUGUGGAUCGUGUCAACGAGUUCUGACAGUGCAGAUGACUGCGAUGAGAGAUCUGUCGGUCACCGCUCGAGCGACUUGUCCACAUUGUCAGAUGUUAAACGAAUUUAUGAUACCACCUGAACCUAUUCCCACGGCAACACCAAUAUCGGAUGGACUACCGCAACAAGCGCCCCCUCCUAGUAUGCAGGCUCAAGCGAUGUAUGGUUUACCGAGCAGCAUGCAAAUGCAGAAAACUAAUCAGGUUGGAAUUGCACCACCUUCACUGACGGGUGUACAAAGAGCGUUGCUGAUUGGUAUCAACUACUACAAUACUCCGGCACAAUUAUCGGGGUGCAUUCCCGAUGCUCACAACAUGUUUCGGUUGCUCACUGAAACGUAUAGAUGGAAUCCUGGUGAUAUACGUAUGAUGACGGAUGAUGGACGCGCUGAGAUGCCAACAAGAGCGAAUAUAAUAGGAGCUUUGCAUUGGUUGGUGAGGGAUGCUAAGCCUGGGGAUGUAUUCUUCUUUCAUUAUUCUGGUCAUGGAUCACAACAGCCGGAUCCCUAUGGCAUGGAGGAGGACGGAAUGAACGAAACCAUACUACCCUGUGAUGUCCGUAGAGCCGGUAUGAUUUCUGAUGAUGAGAUUUUCUCAAUUCUGGUGGCACCCCUCCCCAGUGGUGUGAGAUUGACAAGCGUUAUGGAUUGCUGUCAUUCGGGAACAGGUAUGGAUUUACCCUGGCGAUGGAUCGAACGUAGAGGAUGGAAAGAGGAGACAAACCCGUGGCAUUCACUAGGCGAUGUUCAAUUGUUUAGUGGUUGCGAUGAUUCGGGUACUUCAGCAGAUGCGAGUGGUGGAAAUAUAAACGGCGGAGCGAUGACGAGCGCAUUUUGUAAUUCUAUACGUGCGAGUCCGUAUAUCAGCUACAUCGAUCUCAUACAUCGACUGAAUGACGAGAUGAGGAGGCGAAGGAUGGGACAGAGGCCUCAGCUGUCCAGCACACAAGUGUUUCCUGUUGAUAGACCUUUCAAUUUAGUGGAUAUACUCCCGAAUCAGAACCAGUAUAUUGGAAGAAUUGUGCGGAAGAAGUUCAAGGCUCGUAAAAAUAAGAGAAAAAUGCAAGGACUCGACGGGUUGCUGUUGCCGCUAGCAGGAGGACUGCUAGCGGGGGCGUUGCUGGGAUCUAUAUUCGAUUGA